GAUGUUGCCUGUCUCCAUUUUCUUGCAAGCUGAUCCGCUGUGAAUCUCCUAGGAAACUGAUAGCGUACCUUGGAACAACUUGUGCUUCAGUUCUCUCUAAAUGGUACUGCCAAUGUCCUCUCUCCGCCAACCUGAAAGAUACCUCGCGAUCGAAGUUUGUAUUGACUCGGUAGAGUCCGCUAUCUCCGCCGUUCGCGGCGGUGCCGAUAGACUGGAGCUAUGCGGUAACCUUGCACUUGGUGGUGGUACGACGCCAAGUCUCGGUCUCUUCAAGAUGAUAAGACAAGCUACCCUUAAUGUCCCAGUUAUGGUGAUGAUUCGUCCGCGUACUGGAGAUUUUUGCUAUACUGAGGAUGAAGUCAACAUUAUGAUCGAAGACAUCCGUGUUUUCAAAGAGGAGGGCGCAUCCGGCAUAGUAUUCGGCAUUCUGACAAAGGAGGGCUCAAUCGACACAGCCCGUACCACGAGACUGGCUCGGGUGGCGUCGCCGAUGCAAGUCUGCUUCCACAGAGCAUUUGACAUGACGCCGAACCUCCUCACAGCACUCCACGAUGUCCGUACCAUCCCGCAUAUUACGCGGAUUCUGACGAGCGGUGGCUCUCCAACCAUCGACGUCAGCACGCUUCAGACAAUCCUACAGGCUGCUUCCGACAGCCCGAAAGGAGACCAUCGUAGUUCGCCGACGAUUCUCCCCGUAUCUGGAAUCAACGCUUCGACUGUGAAGCCGCUCUUAGACGCCCUUCUCCCAACUCUCUCUGAGAUCCACCUCAGCGCUGGCAGGUGGAUCCCGAGCAAGAUGGAGUAUCAUCGAGACGGAAUGGGGAUGGGGAUCGAAGACGGAGAAUGGGCUGUAUGGCGUACAAGCGAGGAACACGUCCGCGAAGUGAGAAGGAUAGUGGAUUCGAUGUGUACGCAAGAUGCACAAGGGAUGUCGUAAGGAGAUACUGGACUUGUACGCGUCGAGCAAGCCAGAGUAAAUGCUGACAUACGUACUAUAGGUUCUCGUAC